AGCUGCACCUGAGAACUGAGGCGCAUUCCUAUCUCUCUGACCUGACCAAGCCAUCGGACUUGGAGUUCAUUGAAACCAAGAGGCCACGCCUGGACCUGCUGCAGGACCCCCUGAUGCGGCACUCGCCUCUCCUGAACCAGAGCCAGCAGGGAGGGACAGAAGAUCUCUCAAAGGAUCGAGGCCUGCCUGGCAAACUGGAGCCCGUGUCGCCUGUGAGCCCUGCUCACCCUGACGCCGAGCUGGACCUGCUGCCGGCCCGGCUGUCCAAGGAGGAGCUCAUCCAGAACAUGGACCGUGUGGACCGCGAGAUCACCAUGGUGGAGCAGCAGAUCUCCAAGCUGAAGAAGAAGCAGCAACAGUUGGAGGAAGAAGCAGCCAAACCACCAGAGCCUGAAAAACCCAUCUCCCCUCCUCCUAUCGAGUCCAAACAUCGCAGCUUGGUGCAGAUCAUCUACGACGAGAACAGGAAGAAGGCGGAGGCUGCCCACCGGAUCCUGGAAGGACUGGGUCCCCAGGUGGAGCUGCCAUUAUACAACCAGCCUUCAGACACCAGGCAGUACCAUGAAAACAUUAAAAUAAACCAGGCAAUGCGGAAAAAGUUAAUUUUGUACUUUAAGAGGAGAAAUCAUGCGCGCAAACAGUGGGAACAGAAGUUUUGCCAGCGCUAUGACCAGCUGAUGGAGGCCUGGGAAAAAAAAGUGGAGCGCAUCGAAAAUAACCCCCGGCGCCGUGCCAAAGAGAGCAAAGUGCGGGAAUACUAUGAGAAGCAAUUCCCGGAGAUCCGGAAGCAGCGGGAACUGCAAGAGCGCAUGCAGAGGGUAGGACAGAGGGGCAGUGGUGGGCUCUCCAUGUCAGCCGCACGCAGCGAGCACGAGGUGUCAGAAAUCAUCGACGGGCUCUCAGAACAAGAGAACCUGGAGAAGCAGAUGCGCCAGCUCGCUGUCAUCCCGCCCAUGCUCUACGAUGCUGACCAGCAGCGCAUUAAAUUCAUCAACAUGAACGGCCUCAUGGAUGACCCCAUGAAGGUCUACAAGGACCGGCAGGUGAUGAACAUGUGGAGUGAACAGGAGAAGGAGACCUUCCGGGAAAAGUUCAUGCAGCAUCCGAAGAACUUCGGCCUGAUCGCAUCCUUUCUGGACAGGAAGACGGUGGCUGACUGUGUCCUCUAUUAUUACCUGACCAAGAAGAAUGAGAAUUACAAGAACCUUGUAAGGAGGAAUUACCGGCGGCGCGGGAAGAGCCAGCAGCAAAUGCCCCGGAGCAGCCAAGAUGAGAAAGAUGAAAAAGAGAAAGAAAAAGAGAAGGAGGGAGAGAAGGAGGAAGACAAGCAGGAAACAGAAAAUGACAAAGAAGAACUGACAAAGGACAAGAACGACGACACGUCCGGGGAAGACAACGAUGAGAAAGAAACAGUCACCUCCAAAGGUCGCAAAACUGCCAACAGCCAGGGCCGGCGCAAGGGCCGCAUCACUCGCUCCAUGGCCAACGAAGCCAACAACGAGGAGGCGGCCACGCCGCAGCAGAGCGCAGAGCUGGCUUCCCUGGAAAUGAAUGAAAGCUCUCGCUGGACCGAAGAGGAGAUGGAGACGGCUAAAAAAGGUCUCCUUGAGCAUGGGCGGAACUGGUCAGCCAUUGCCAGGAUGGUGGGCUCCAAGACCGUGUCGCAGUGCAAAAACUUCUACUUCAACUACAAGAAGAGGCAGAACCUGGACGAGAUCCUACAGCAGCACAAACUGAAAAUGGAGAAAGAAAGGAACGCCAAGAGGAAGAAGAAAAAAGGCGCUGCUGUUCAGAACGAAGAAGCCGCCUUCCCUCCUGCAGCUGAGGACGAGGAGAUGGAGGUGUCGGGGACGAGCGGCAACGAGGAGGAGAUGGCGGAGGAGGCGGAAGCUGCAGUAAAUAACAGCUCCGACACUGAGAGCAUUCCCUCGCCAAGGCCUGAAGCCAAAGAAGGAGGCGAAAACGGGGCCAAGGCACCACCCGGGCCAGGAGGUGACACCGGCACAGAACCGGCAGUCAAGUGGGAAGAGGCUCCAACACCCCCUGACGCUCCCCCUGCUCCCCCUGCCAACCCCGCUCCAGCCGCCAGCCCCCCGCCCGAGGCAGCUCCCGAGCCGCCCAGCACCGAGGAGAAGGUGCCAGAGGACCUGGUGGUGGACGUGGUGAAAACGGAGGAGCCAGAGGAGAAGGUGAACGAGGAGCCCUGCAAGAGCGAGGUGAAGAAGGAGGAGAGCGAAGAGAGCCAGGAGAAGGACAAGGGGAAUGACAAGAAGGCAGAAAGCGGCGUCAGCAGUGCAGGGACAGCGGGGACAGAGGGGACGCCCAAGGCUGAGAAGAAGGAGAGCCAUAAGGGCAGUAAAGGCCCCGGGGUGAACCCUGACAGCGACUCCAGCGCAACCUGCAGCGCAGACGAGAUGGACGAGCAGGAUGCUGUGGACAAGAGCAGGUUGCUGUCCCCCCGGCCCAGCCUGCUCAACACCACCAGCGACACCAGGCUCAACUCCUCGCCGCAGAAGCCACUGGACCUGAAGCAGCUGAAGCAGCGAGCUGCUGCCAUCCCUCCCAUCAUUUCCGAAGGUUUCUCAGAGGGGAUAUUGCAGAGUGGAAGCGUGAAGCCUCAGGUACCUCCCCACGCCUUGGCUCUCUACCAGCAGCAGAUCACAAAAGCCCACGAGUCUGCCCGUGAGGACAUGCCCCCGAGCAAGCCCCAGCAGCAGCAGCCUGAGAAGGAGCAGCAGCAGCCCAGCAGCAGUCCCAGGGGAAAGAGCCGGAGCCCCGCUGUUGGUGACAAGGAAGAAAAGUCCGUGCAUUUCUCCUCCAUCGCAGAGGCUCAGAAGCUGAGUGCAGAGUCGAUGGCUGCCUCGUGCUGGCCCCCUGUCCUGUCCUACCCCCGGGAUGUGAUCAAAACCUCUCCCCAGGCAGAGCCCCACUUGUUCCAGUACAACCCACCAGGACACCCCAUCCCACUAAACCUGCAUGAGAGCUCUCGCUCGGGGCUGCAGAGACUGGCCAGCAUCUCCAACCCUCCCCCCCUCAUCUCCUCCACCAAGCACCCCUCCGUGCUGGAGAGACCCGUCGGAUCCAUUUCCCAGGGAAUGCCCAUCCAGCUCCACACACCCUACAGCUCCGAGCAUGCCAAGGUCCCUGUCGGCUCCAUCACCAUGGGCCUGCCACUGACCAUGGAUCCCAAGAAACUGGUGCCUUUUCCUGGAGUAAAGCAGGAACAACUUUCUCCUAGAAGCCAGGCCAGCCAGCCAGAAAGUCUGGUUCUACAACCGUCCCAGGAGGGCUCCAUCCUGCGGGGUACUUCCCUUAGCUCUGCCUCUGGAGGGAGCAUCACCAAGGGAACACCCACAUCCAGACCCCCUCCGGAGUCGCCCAUCACCUACCGAGGGUCCAUCACACACGGCACCCCGGCAGAAGUGCUGUACAAAGGAACCAUUACCAGGAUAAUCGGAGAAGACAGCCCCAGCAGAGCAGAGAAGGCAAGGGAGGAUGCCGUGCCCAAAGGACAUGUCAUCUACGAAGGGAAGAAAGGCCACGUGCUGUCCUACGAGGGUGGAGUUGCUGCUUCUCAGUGUCCCAAAGAAGACAGCAGGAGCUCGGGAGCUUCCCAUGAGACCACAGGAACUAAGCGGACCUAUGAUAUGAUGGAGGGGAGGAUCAGCCGGGGCUUAUCAGCCCGUGAUACCUUAUCUGCCAGCAUUGAAGGUCUCAUGGGUCGAGCGAUCCCUCCAGACCGACACAGUCCCCAUAACCUGAAGGAGCAGCAUCACAUGAGGGGCUCGAUUACACAAGGAAUACCUCGGUCCUAUGUGGAGGCCCAUGAGGACUACCUCAGAAGAGAAGCCAAACAGCUCAAGAGGGAAAACACUCCACCGAGGGACUUAUCUGAUGCCUACAAGGUCAGAUCUCAUGAGGGCCUUACUCCUCUGAAAAUGAAAUCAGCCCAUGAAGACUUGGUAGCCACGGUGAAAGAAGCAGGAAGAUCAAUCCAUGAGAUUCCCCGUGAGGAGCUGAGGCGGACACCGGACAUCUCUCUGACGAGACCUCUGAAGGAAGGUUCCAUCACGCAGGGUACCCCACUGAAGUAUGACAGCAGCUCUUCCUCCUCAAGUACCAAAAAGCACGACGUGCGAUCCAUCAUCGGCAGUCCCGGCAGGACUUUUCACUCUGUGCACUCACUGGACGUCAUCCAAGACCCGAGGAAUCUAGAGAGAGCUUAUGAAGAGAGCCUGAAAAACAGGCCAAGCCCAGUGACAAACUCGGGUGGCUCCAUUGCCAGAGGGGCUCCUGUGAUUGUACCCGAGCCAAGCAAGGCCCACCAAAGUGCCCUCGGCUAUGAGGACCACCAGGCAGGGCACAGCACCGCGUUCAGCAGCCACUUGCACAGAGGGUCUCCGGUCUCCACACGGGAGUCCACGCCACGGCAGCACGAAGGGAGCAUCACUGCUGGGAAGCCGGUGUCCCAGGACAGAAAGAUCACCCCCACAUCGAGAGAGCUCACCAACUCCAAGUCUCCGCACGCCCCUGUGCCUGACCACCACCACCCCAUUUCCCCGUACGAGCACCUGCUCCGCGGUGUGAGUGGGGUCGACCUGUACCGAGGACACAUCCCGCUGCCUUUCGACCCCGCCGCCAUCCCCAGGGGAAUCCAACUGGAAGCAGCUGCUGCUUACUACUUGCCGAGGCAUCUGGCUCCGAGCCCCACGUACCCCCACCUGUACCCCCCGUACCUCAUCCGGGGCUACCCGGACACGGCGGCCAUGGAGAACCGACAGACCAUCAUCAACGACUACAUCACGUCCCAGCAGAUGCACCACAACGCCGCGGCCACGGCCAUGGCGCAGCGGGCAGACAUGCUGCGCGGCCUGUCGCCCCGGGAGCCCUCCCUUGCCCUCAACUAUGCAGCAGGCAUCAUCGACCUGUCCCAAGUGCCACACCUGCCUGUCCUCGUGCCCCCUACCCCUGGCACCUCUGCCCCGACCAUGGACCGCAUCACCUACAUCCCUGGGCCCCCCCAGACCUUUGGCAGUCGGCACAGCAGCUCCCCACUCUCCCCAGGAGGCCCCACGCACAUGACCAAACAGUCGGGAUCGUCGGUGUCCGAACGGGAACGGGAGCGGGAACGGGAGCGGGAGAGGGAGCGUGAAAAAUCCAUCCUAGCAUCCACCACGGUGGAGCAUGCGCCCAUCUGGAGACCAGGUACGGAGCAGUCCAGCAGCCGUUCGUCCUCCCACUCUCACAGCCACCAGCAGUCUCCCGUCUCACCCCGCACCCACGAGACCAUCCAGCAGCGCCCCAGCGUGCUCCACAACACGAGCAUGAAGAUCAUCUCCUCGGAGACCCCCACCCCUUCCGUCCUGCGAACCUCCUCCACCACUACCACGUCACCGAUCCGCUCCACCGCCUUCCCCUCAGCCUCUACCCUGCGCUCCUCCCUCAGCGCGGCCGACGGCUACGCAGCCCCGCUGGACCCGGCCAUCCUGCAGAAAGAGGCCUCGAGGGUGCGGGAAGCCAAGACAGAACGAGCCCAGACUGACAACAACGUCUACACCUCAAAGCUGCCCAGUGGGGCCAACCUCGAACAGUCGCCUUCGCCCAUUAAAGCCAUGGAGUCGAGACCUUUGCCCGCCUCCGGACCUGGUUCUUCUCAUCACUAUGGCAGAGGACAGGGGAAAAGCCAGCAGCACCAUCACCCUCUGGACCAGCAGCACGCAGCCUCAGGCUCCGAGCAGCACAGUAGAGAAAAGAGUCAAAGUAAACGCUUUUCCAUGCAGGAGCAGGAGCUCCGAGCACUCGGUUUUCACGGAGCCUACAGCCCUGAGCGGAUGGAAGCAGUGAGUCCCGUGAGCUCACCCAGCCUGUCCCAUGAGAAAGGGGCCAAGCUGCUACAGGAUGCAGAGAAGGGGCAUGGGGAGCAUGACCUGAGGCAGAAACAGCAAGGCUCGCUGAAGGGCUCAGCUCCCGAAGCCGCCCACCUGCAGCACCUUCGGCAGCCCGACGGCCCCCAGUGCCAGCCCCUGCAGAGCACCAAGGGCAUGAACCAGAGGGUGGUCACGCUGGCCCAGCACAUCAGUGAGGUCAUCACGCAGGACUACACGCGCCACCACCCGCAGCAGCUCAACUCGCACAUCCAGGCGCCGGUGUACUCCUUCCCUGGGGCGGCCUGCCCGGUGCUGGACCUGCGCCGCACCCCCAGCGAGGCCUACCUGCAGCAGCCCGAGCACACGGCGGCCUCGCGGAUCUCCCCGCAGAACGAAGGUGGCAAAAGGUCCCCGGAGCAGGGCAAAGCCGCGGCCGGCGGGGCCGACAGCUGUAUCGAGCCGGUGUCUCCACCAGACGGCGUGGGAGAAGCAGAACACGCCAAGAGCGCCCCUUACCCCGUCCUGUUCCGCGAGGGAGAGCCCAUGGACCAGAGGAUGGGGUCCAAGUCCCCAGGAAACAACACUCAGCCUCCAGCUUUCUUCAGCAAGCUGACUGAGAGCAACUCUGCCAUGGUGAAGUCCAAGAAACAGGAAAUCAUCAAGAAGCUCAGCACGACCAACAAAAACGAGACGGAGUACAAUGUUGGGCAGCCUGGGACAGAGAUUUUCAACAUGCCAGCGAUUACAGGAGCAGGGCUAAUCAGUUGUAGGAGCCAGUCGGUCCAAGAGAAUUCCAGUACCAACAUGGGGUUGGAGGCAAUAAUUAGGAAAGCCCUAAUGGGUAAAUAUGACGAGCAGUGGGAAGAGCGCUCACCUCUCAGUGCCAAUGCUUUUAACUCUCUGAAUGCCAGUGCAAGCCUGCCCGCUGCUAUGCCCAUAACUCCUGCUGAUGGACGAAACGAGGACGUGCGCUCCUUGCCAGGAGGAGGGGGGAAGCCAAAGAUCGCUGCCAGGCCCAACAGCCGCAAGGCCAAGUCCCCGGCGCCGGGUCUGUCCUCGGGCGAGCGGCCGCCCUCGGUCUCCUCGGUGCACUCGGAGGGGGACUGCAACCGCAGGACACCCCUCACCAACCGCGUCUGGGAGGACAGGCCGUCGUCCGCAGGUUCGACGCCGUUCCCCUACAACCCGCUCACCAUGCGGCUCCCCAGCGGGGUGGUGACGGCAGCCCCCGCCGCCCCGCUGCCGCAGGGGACCCCCAGCAGCCAGCACCAUGCCUGGGACGAGGAGCCCAAGCCCCUGCUCUGCUCCCAGUACGAAACCCUUUCGGACAGUGAAUGA